UGCAGUGAGUGACGCUGCUGCUCAGAAAGCAAGCCGAGUGCGCCUGCGGCGGCUGAGUCCUGGGUCCGAGCCCCACCUUUCCUGCCCAUUUUGGGCCAGAAGUGGAAAGCGAAGUCAAGCGACCCGGGCUACAGAGGACCGAACAGAACUUUGCAGAAUUUGGGAUGUACGGGGUGAGGUUGCUGAGGACUUGACUCACCUCCUGCCUCCGUCCCUCUCCACCACCCUGUGGGUUCCGGCCUCCUGCUGUCAGAUCCCUUUCAGUUUGCUUCAGCUGCUUGCAGCUCCAGAGAGAGAUCCUAAAACUGGAUAUCUUUUUACUGGGUUGCUAGCCUGGGCCUCUGAGUCUUGGUGAGUGUUGUGAUGUUGCUGCUUGGGAGUCAGGGAGGGCAUGGGGGCUUGAAUCAUCAUUACUGAUCCUUUCUGCUUCUGGUUGUCUUGCCUUAACGAUGAAAAACAAAUUGCAUCCGCCCUGUGCGGCCCAAGCACUGCUGAUGCCAGACUAGCUUCUGCAGCUUUAUGGCCAGUGUCCUCCACCCCCUGUGGGUGUGUGGGCCCUCUAAUAAUAGCCCAGCGUAGGUGUAGGGGAAGGGUAGGGAUGGGAAGACCUCUCCAGAGUCUUUGUGGUGGCAUAGGUCAGUCAAUGAGGGACAUUUGGGAAACGUGAUUUUAAGGUCCCUUGUACUUAAAGGAAAGAUAAUUGUUCCAUCGACAGUUUUAUAUGCAUCAUGGCCAUGUUAGCCGACUGUGGAAAAGCUUGACAAGCGGCUUAAACCGGAGAGUGUGUAAGGUCAGUGGGUGACUUGUCUGGAGAGGCCAGACAGGGUUGCGGUUAAAGGUCAGGUGCACAGACCACUUAGAAUUAGUGAAUUAAAACCUUCGUUGAGUUGUGGAUCUCUGGGUCCAUGUGGCUUGUAUUGUAGGGACCAGAAAGAAACUGGGUACCUUCUGGUCUUGCAAAAGAAGUUCUGGGCCAAGACUCAGAGAGGGUCCUGAUUGCGACAGGCGGGUCUUCGGGCCUCUUUCUGUUUCCCUAGAGUGCCGGCAACCGACCCGAACGAGAGCCUAGCGCCAUGACAGAAGGACAGGCAGUCCCGGGAGCCGGGGACUGGGAGAUCGACGUGGAGAGCCUAGAGCUGGAGGAGGAUGGCAGUGGGGCUCCGCCGCGGACCAUGUCUCAGGGACCCAGUCCGUCAGCGGCGGACGGGGACGUCGAAGAGGACGAGGAAGAAGACGAGGAGGACGAAGACGCAGAGGACGAGGGUGACGGCGAGGAAUCGGGCGCGUCCCCGGAGGUGCCGGACCGGCCAGAGCAGCCGGGAGGACUGGCACCCAGGCCACCGCCAGCGGCUCAGGAGCUGCCAGCCGCUGCCGCAGCCCCUGAGCGCGGUGCCACCGCGGGUGGCGGCGCGGAGCCUCGCAAACUGAGCCGCACACCCAAAUGCGCGCGCUGCCGCAACCACGGCGUGGUGUCGUGUCUUAAGGGCCACAAGCGCUUCUGUCGCUGGCGGGACUGCCAGUGCGCCAACUGCCUGCUCGUGGUGGAGCGCCAGCGUGUCAUGGCCGCCCAGGUGGCGCUCCGGAGGCAGCAGGCCACCGAGGACAAGAAGGGGCUUUCCGGGAAACAGAAUAAUUUCGAACGGAAAGCAGUGUACCAGAGGCAAGUCAGGGCGCCAAGUUUGCUGGCCAAAAGCAUUUUAGAAGGCUAUCGCCCAAUAACUGCGGAGACUUACCUGGGAGGGACCCUUCCUCUCCCGCCACCUGUGAGUGACAGGAUGCGGAAGAGAAGAGCCUUUGCUGACAAAGAGCUGGAGAACAUCAUGCUGGAGAGAGAAUAUAAGGAGAGGGAGAUGUUGGAAACUUCUCAAGCUGCCGCCUUGUUCCUGCCCAACCGUAUGGUGCCGGGACCCGAAUACAGUUCCUACAAAAGUGCCUACAGCCCCACUGCAGGGGAGCCACCCAGCAAGGACUUUUGUAACUUUUUACCAACCUGCCUCGAUCUCACCAUGCAGUAUUCAGGAUCGGGGAACAUGGAACUGAUUUCUUCUAACGUCAGUGUGGCCACAACUUACAGACAAUAUCCCCUGGCCUCACGAUUUUUAGUUUGGCCCAAAUGCGGUCCCAUUAGUGACACCCUUCUUUACCAGCAAUACCUUUUAAAUGCUACCACUUCUGUGCAAGCCUUGAAGUCUGGGGCCAACUGGGAUUUGAAAGGAACCCGAAUUCAGGAUGGCCUCAGUGCCGAGCAUGACAUGAUGCCACCCAAACCAGAAGGCUCCCUGGUGUUGCCUCAUCUACCUGAGGUCCCAACCUCGAGAACUGACCUUCAGGCUCACCAGGUUGUCCCUGAGAGGUCUGCCUUCUCCCCACCCAGGCGAAAUUUCUCCCCCAUUGAUAUGGACUGCCUGGCUGCUCAAGGGCACGUCUUAACGAAGAUCAGCAAGGAAAACACCAGGCACCCUCUGCCACUUAAACAUAAUCCAUUCCACUCAGUAUUCCAGCAGACGCUCAACGACAAAUCAGGCCUUGAGCUGAAAACACCAUUUGUCAAAGAAGUCUUUGAUGAGAUCCCAAAGAAACACAGAGAGUGUUUGGCCAAGGAGAACCAGAAGUACACUUUUACAAUAGACAGAUGUGCAAAGGACCUCUUUGUAGCCAAACAAGUUGGAACGAAACUCUCGGCAAAUGAGCCGCUGUCAUUUUCUGUUGAAUCUAUUCUUAAGAGGCCUUCAUCUGCCAUCACUCCUGUCUCUCAGUGAAAGGCUGCGGAAAGGGAAAGCUGGAUUUUCUACAGUCUUAGAGGGUUCUUUGCAGACACCCUUUCUGUUUUUAGAGUUAAGAUGUUUGUAUGAAGAAAUUUCUAAUGUAAAUGAUGAUUCUUGAGAUCCUAUGUAUUUUCUCUGCAUGUACCUUUUCUUAUCACAUGAGUAUAUUUAAAGGUGGAAAUUGCUUACUAUGUAAAUUGUAAAGCUCUAUGCUUUACACAGCACUCCGAAAAGCAAUAAAAAUAACA